AUGAAAAUUAUCUCAAAUGUUUUAUUACUAUAAAACCGUUUAAAAUGUCAAGAUAUUCAAUAUACACAAUCAUUCUUAAUUCAUCUGCAUAAAAAUGUACAUGUUUUUAUUUUCAGUGGUUUUAACUAUCAUUUCUGCUUUCACUUUAUCAACAAAUGGUGAUGUUGCUGAUGACAUUAGAAACUUUCGAGAUGAUCUAAAAGUUGUGCUCGGUGACGUUCAACAGUUAAUGAUUAAUCAAAAUAAUAAAAUAACUGCAUCAUUUGAUAGCGUAGAAACAAAAUUGACAAUUUCUGAAAUUGAUCAAGAAAUGGCUUUAUUAUUAUCUAAUCAAACAUUUGAAGAAUGUGGUAGUAAAAUUAAAAAUUUUACGACUAACUUCGUAAAAAUCCAAACGAAAUUAGAUGAUAUUGACCACCUUAAAAACGAUAUCAAGAACAUCGACAUAAAAAAUCAAAAGAACCACGAUGAAGUACAAAAUGUACAAAAUACGAUAAAAGAUGUAUUUACCAAAAUAUCGAACACAGAAAAUUCAUUAACUAAUGUAAUACAAAUAAAUGCGGAUACACAAAAUCGCAAAUUAACUGAUUUUGAAAACAAAAUGACGAAUAGUUUAAAGGAAAUUGAGAAUAAACAUCAAAUCUAUUUGGCUAAUAUAAAGAAAAUGGAAGAUGAUAUAGAACAAGUUUUGAAGAAAAUAAUUCACAUCGAGCAACAAGAUAUUAAUUUAUCCAUACAAACAAUAAAUAAAGCAAUACUAGAUAAUCAAAACAAUCAAAAUGUUAAAUUCGAUCAACUUAUAUUUAAAGUAUCGGAAAUUGAAGCUGAACAAAAAAUCAGUAACAAUUUAAAUCAACAAAGUUUAAAGAAAGUUAAUGACAUGGAAACAAAUUUAUCUGAUAUUAAAAAUGAAAUAAGCGAUAUGAAAAACAAAAACGAAGGUGGCAAAAACCAAAUUCUCAAUUCCGUGAAUAGUGAAAUUAGUGAUGUUAAAAAAGAGGUAACUGGUCAAAAUUCUGUCGUACACAAGACAAAAGCAAUUGAAAAUAGUUUAAAGAAAAUUGAAGAUCUCACAAAUAAAGUUAAAAGUAGCGAGGCAUCGUUAACCACUACGAUAACGAAUACAGGACAAAAUCUUCAAACAACAAUGAAUACCUUGCAAGGAAAAGUUUCUACUAUACAACAAAAUACGCCGGAUAAUAGUAAGAUAAAUGAAAUAUAUAGAAUAGCUGAUUAUAUGAAACGUGUAGCGUGUAGUAAUCCGUUUAUUACUCAUUACUGUAAUCAAAACUAUUUUUAAUUAUAUCUCAAAGUAAUUU